GCGGGCCCUAGCCGGAACUGUGAUUGGUCGGGGUCCCCGGCGGGCGAUCCGAGGCUGUCUAGUGCUGGCUGUAUGGGGCGGCGGCGGAGCCGGGUGGAAGGGGCUGCCCGGGCCCUGCCUGAGACUAUUGCCGCGCUGAGUCGGUCCCUGCCAGAUGGGCCUAGUCCCGAAAUCUUCCGUCGCGCAAAGUUCGAUCGACCGGAGGCGGCUCCGGUGCUCUGGCAGCUUCUUUUGCGCGUGCUCUCACCGCUUGCUGCAAACAAUACCUGGCCCGACCUGGCCCCAGAGGCCCAAGCCUGUGUGGUGAAGUCAGCACUGGGCUCCCAAGGCUACCCCAGGUCUGCGCUGCUACAGUUUCCCGACGGCAGUUCUCAGGGAAGCCGGGAACUGCUGCUGGCCCUGUCCUGGCUCCUGGCCCGAGGACCCUUGCUUGAGCAGCUGCUUGCCCAGACCCGCGUGCAGCUGGGUGACCAGUUGCCCCUGUGUGAGCAGGGCCGACACUUGUUCCCUCUCUCCUGUGAGGCCCUGACCAGUCCUGCUCCUCCUGCACCCCUUGUGGAAACAAAGAGUCCUGUGGAUCUCCGACUAGUGGAAUGGCUGAUGGGGAAGCUGCGGUUUCGGAGGCGAUGCCUGAUCUCUAGUCAGCAGGAGCUGUGUACGCUCCUCAGCAAGAUCCACCUGUAUACCCAGGGAUGCCACAGCCAAAAGAGCCUUGGCCAUCUUUCUGUUGCUGAAACAGAGAUGCUUAGAGAUCCGGAGCGCAGUCAGCAGCUUCUGCAAGCACUGGAGAGCGAGACUUCGCGCCUGGAGGCGGCUCUGGAGUGGCGGCGCCGUGAGCUGGUCUUUUGGCAGUGGAUGGAUACAGUUUUGGAUGCCUGUUCCCCCGAGACUCCUGCUGUGACCUCACGGCCUAUGGCCCUGCCUGCAAUCUCUGAAGGUGGGCUUGGUGACCUGGAGUUGGUAAAACAAGAAUUGCAGGCCCUGCAGGAGGAGCUACGGGAAGUGACUGAGCCCCGGCGGGCUGCAUGGGAAGCUCGGGUUGGAGGCCUGGGUCAGGGGCCAGAGUGGAGCACCUCAAGGAAGGCCUUGCGGGAGGCUGUCCAGCAGGAGUUGGCAGCCCUGCAGGGGUCCUGGGAGCAAUCUGGGACCCCUGGCCAGCCACAAAGACCCCAUCGCCUGGUGAGAAGUGAAGACGGGGCACCGAGACCCCGAGGCCUACCGGCGGCCGAGGUGAUCAGGACGCUGAGCGCCCAGGAGGCCUGUCUGAAGAAGGUGUUGCGCCAGCUACAGCAGCAGUGCCAGCAGGAGCUGGCCAGGCUGGCUGGUGCUCCGCCUGGCCUGAUUUGGAUUCUGCCUCCAGGACACUGAAGGCCUGAAGAUGCACCCAUCUGUGUAGGGGUCUGGGUAGCAUCUCAGAGGAGCAGACUGGGCUGGCACGGAGCAGAGGUCAGGCCUCUGUUCCCUCCAGGGCCUGAGCCCUUGGGCCUACGGUUUGGGUGUUACAGCAGGCUGGACCUCCUGAGAGGUUUGGAGGUUAUAUAUACGGGGCGGAGCUGUUCUGGGGGCACCGGGCUGCUCCCCUCUUCCACUGUCCCUCUAUCUUCCUCUUUUUGGCACACUGGGCUAGGUGUAGGGUAUGGUUGGCACCAUGCUGUAACCACACAUGCCCUGAAGUACAGGAAGUAUUGGGGCUCCCUGAGUGGAACAGCCUCUUUCUUAGACUCUGGCUCUAUGCCCCCUCCAGCAGAGCCUCCUAUACUGGGCCAUGGAUGUGCCUGACGUGUGUGUGUGUGUGUGUGUGUGUGUGUGUGUGUGUGUGCGCGCGCGCGCGCGCCCGCGUGCUAGGGAGCGGGAUGGGAGCCUGGGGGCUCUGCCGGGGAGAGCGGAGGCGAGGAAGCUGUGCUGUAGACAGAAGGCCUUUGUUCUGAAGACUGCAGGGCAAGCUCAGCCCUCACAAAGCAGCCUGUGUCCAGGAUGUGCAGCCUGGUGGACGGCUCUGCGCUAACCCAGUCUUCUCCCAGCCUGCAGGCUCAGGCAGGUUCCAUGGUCUCUAACCCUUUCCUCCUUCUGAUCCCCAGCUCCCAACACUGGGGUCUGGGAUCCCCAGUCCCCAGCCCCACCAGGCAGCCUCUAGUCUCUUGCUUACCCAGGCCAGAGGCCACUCCAUGGCUCUGGGAGCCUUGGGCACUAGAGCAUUCUUUCAGGGGGUUUCCUUGUCUGGUGGUGUGUGCUGGGGUGACAGCUCAUGUCUGGGGUACAGGUGGCCUCUGGCCCUGAGGCAGGGCACCAUGCUGGUUUGUUCCAGUGAAUGUUCCUAGCCCACUUCUGGAUGACCAGUUUGUGGACAUAGCUCCUGGAGUCUCUGCAAGCUCCUGCCUGUCGCUGGGCCUCGCUGGACCUCCUGGCCUGCAGCCUCUGUUCCUGCUUGUGAACGCUUGUUCAGUUCUUGCUGCUUCCACCUGUGGGAUCUGGCUCCGGUUCAGGGCGUGUGGGAACUUGACUGCCUGGCUCCUCGUGACUAUGAUUUGGGCUAUAAACAAAUUUACUUAAGCUCCCUGUCUCUGAAAACCGCCCUGCUAUAGGACUUCCAGUGGUCCUGCUAUAGGACUUCCAGUGGUCCUGCUAUAGGACUUCCAGUGGUCCUGCUAUAGGACUUCCAGUGGUCCUGCUAUAGGGCUUCCAGUGGUCCUGCUAUAGGGCUUCCAGUGGUCCUGCUAUAGGACUUCCAGUGGUCCUAUGGAACUCAACCUUAAAAAAAUUCCAAAGCAGAUGCAGUGCUGCGAGCUGUCACUU